AUUUAAUUCUUGAAUGUGUUAAUACACUACUGGGGAUAUUUAACUGUUAUUUAUAGAAUUUAAUUUGUUUUUUAUCAUUUUGUUAUGUACUAAUUUUGUCAUUUAAUUGGUAGAUUUUUAUUUUAAGUUAUGACUGAUAAGGAUUCCCUUUUAUCUGAAAUCGCAAACUUGGAUUCUCAACUUAAACAAUGGUUUCUUUUCCGAAGAGUCCAAGCUGAAAGAUCAUUAUCUAUAAAGAAGUUGCUUGAUGACAACAACUUCUUGGGAUUAUCUGCCAAUAACAAGAAAGUCCCCGUUACUGAUCAGGUUUUAUGGCAUGACAUUGUUAAAGGAAAGCCUGAACUUGAGGACGAGUUAUCUCCCAAUGCCAGGGAAAUGAAAGCUGAUAAAUACUUGGAUAUCUUCAGACGGUCCUGUGAUUAUGAUAAUGAAUGUAGACUACCAGGUUCAAAUUACUUUCGAUGUUUGCAAGAGAAUUUUAAGACUACAUCUUCUGAGAGGAAUGAUUUGUGUUUAAAUUCAUUCAACGCUUUUGAGGAGUGCAGGAAAAAGUUACUUGAGACUCAGCAAGGGCUUAUGGAACAGGCUUUAAAGAGGCAGGAGGAGCAAGAUAACAAGGCUAAAGAGCUUUUUAACCGCAGAUUACAACUUUUAAAAAGGACUAAAUCUAGCUAA